GACGCAUGUGGUCUCCCUAACGCUGAUGUGGUUUCAGAGGCAUGCGCUGGGAGAGUCAUUAUAUCACUCAUUGACUUAUAUUCAGGUUAUGAUCAAUUCCCUGUGUACCCAUCAGACAGACCAAUGACGGCUAUGCAUACACCUCGGGGGUUGAUUCACAUGAACGUCUCACCUCAAGGAUGGAUGAAUGCGGUCGCCAUGGUUCAGAGGCACAUGGUGAGGAUCAUGCAGCCCAUAAGUCCUCACAUCACGCAGCCCUACAUUGAUGACCUGGCCGUGAAGGGGCCUAAGGAGAAGGAUGAGCGGGAGGUGAUGCCAGGAAUCAGGCGCUUCGUCUGGGACCAUGUACAAGACUUGUGCAAGGUCCUGGACCUACUAAAGGAGCAUAACCUCACUGCCAGUGGGUCGAAGUCAAGGCACUUCAUGAGCGGUGCUACAAUAUUAGGAUUUGUGUGCGACGAGAGGAGUGGUCGACCAGAUACUAAGAAGGCUAACAAGAUUCUCGAAUGGCCAACACCGUUCCAGACUAUCACAGAGGUGAGGAGUUUUCUGGGAACGUGUGGAUUUGGAAGGAUUUUCAUAAAAGGGUUUGCGGCGAAGACUGAGCAACUGCGAAAGCUUGUGCGUCAAGGUCAAGACUGGGAAUGGGGAGAUAAGCAAGAGUCGGUGAUAGAAGGUCUGAAAAAGGAGUUCGAGGAAGGAGGUCUAGUAUUGGGAGUACCGGAUCAUGCGGCAGUAAUGACCGGACCUUUCGUCGUAGAGACAGAUGCAGGGCCAACUGCGCUGGGAGGAGUGUUGAUUCAACGAGAUCCCAACGGAGAAGAACGACCAUUGAGGUUUGAGAGUCGGACGCUCAACACAUUGGAGAGGAACUACUCUCAGUUCAAGCGCGAGACCUUGGCAGUUCUCCACUGUUUGAGGAUUUUCAAGAACUACCUCUUUGACAACAGGUUUGUAUUGAGGGUGGACCCAACCGCUCUAGCCGGGUCUCUCAAGAACUUCGCUCCUUCAAAUCCAACUAUCGCCAGAUGGCUGACGUACAUCUGGAUGUUUGAUUUCGAGCUGGAGCGAAUUCUUGGGAACAAAAAUAGAGCCGAUGGGUUGAGUCGAGUCGACUGGGAUAAAAACAGUCAAGGAAUGACCGAGGAUACUCCACCAGUCGACGAGUUCUUGGACAGUGAGGAGGAUGUGCGACUCCACAUCAACUCCUGGUCGUUGGCCGAAGAGGUGGUCAGGAAUACGGUGCUAGAUCAGGAAGAGGUGGUAGAGCAGGAAGAAGGUGACAAUGUGAUUCACGAGAGGGAAGACGACGAUUUUGACGAGGGAGAGAUCAAGGAAGCGUUUCGAGCAGAGGAGUAUGAGAUGGUAUACCUUGAACUCGGAAUGCUGUUGUCGUGUGAGAUGAGGGAAAGAGAUGCUUGCGCAAGGGUUCUAAAGAUGAGGCCGAGCUUUCUGCGGUCCUCUCUUAGGGCUAGAGAGCUGCUUCACCCAAGAUAUGUUCGUGAGGUGGGAGCGGUCGUGCACUUGGACCUGUUGGCGAUGCCGCUGGGGAUAGGGAGCUACAACUUCAUCUUUGAUGCGCGGGACAACCUCUCUGGGUUUGUGGAUGGCCAGGCCAUUCGCACGAAGACUCGUGAGACACUGGCCCGAUGCAUCGAAGAGUACUACCUGCGUUAUCCCUUUGUCUCCAGGUUCGUGAUAGACAGAGAGUCUGAGUUCACUUGUGCUGAAGUGAAGGCUCUUUUGAAGAGGUAUGAGGUGAUCGCCGAGUACACUACCGCAGCGCACCCUCAGGCUAAUGCACCGGUGGAAAGAGGUCAUAGCACCAUCACAAAUCUUCUCGCCAAGUGGACUGAUGGUAGACCCAAUCAGUGGCCGAACUUCCUGAGAGUCGCUUUCUUCGUGGACAAUAUCACUGUUAGGAGAAGCACCGGCUAUGCGUCGGUCACGCUAUGGUAUGGUAGGCACGCAACAUUUCCUAUUGAGAGCUUCCUAAAGUCCUGGAGGCGGCAAGACCUUGAGACUGAUCAGACCUUUGAGGAACUGUUGGAUUUGAGAGCACGUCAGAUUGGCGCCAUAAAGGACAAAAUUGAGGGAGCAGCAAGUAGAGUGGCGGUCAACCGUAGCAAGGACAAGUUCAGGUGGGAUAAGAUGGCACGGGUAAGGAAAGAACUCCUCAAGGUGGGAGACGUGGUGCUGUUGUAUGAUUCAUCCCUGGAGAAGCAGUGGUCACGGAAGCUGGACAAGAGGUGGUUGGGGCCGUACAGGGUCACCAGGUGUCGUGAGCAUGGAGCCUACCAAAUUGAGGAAUUGAAUGGGACGACAUGGAAGGACUGGGUAUCAGGUUCGAGGCUGAAGAAAUUUGUGGCUCGUGACGAGAAAUUUUUUCCGUUGAGGGAGGACAGGAAGAAGGAGCACAGAUCCCAUAGACACGAGAGAGCACGAGGGUCAGGUGGUCCAGAGGUGCCUCCACAGCCUGCUCAGAUGGAAGUGGAUUGUCCUAUGCCAUGCAUAGAGCCAGGCAUGCCUCAUGAGCCACAUGGGCAGGAUCAGAGGGAAGAGCAGUCUGCCCAAGAGAAGGAAUUGGACAGGAAAGAGAGGUCGGCAAGGGAUCAGGAAAUCAAGGUCCAGCUCAGGAUAAAGAACCUUGCUGAGCUGCACGAGAGGAUGCGGCAGGGGAAAGAGCCUGAGCAGGUGGAUGGCAAGAGUGGACAGGGCGCUUGCACUCAGGAGGAGGACCUUCCCCUAUUUUCAGGGGUCUGGGUCAGCUUUGACAAGCUGAUGGAUGCUGCAGGGAGAUCUGGAAGGCAUCACCAGGAGAUGGGAGUCAAGUUGGUCUCCACAGACUUACUCAAUCUGAGGGGCAUGAUGAAGGAAGACUUCGCAGCAGCCAGAGCUUCAAAUCAGAAGGUUGGAGAGAGAUUGAUCAAGGUGGCUCAAAAAGCAUAUGACCAGAGGGUGGAAUGGGAAAGAGAGAUCGAAGACCUGAAGAAAGGUUUGGAAAGGCAAAACAAAGAGAUGGAGGCAGUAAGAGCAGACAUGGAGAAAGUUUGGGCAGAAAACGAGGCCAUCAGGCAGGUCAACCAGACCCUUAACAAGGUCAAUGACGUCCUGAGGGCCUACUUGCAAGCACAACAACCUUCCUUUCAGACAAAGGAGGCUGAGUGGGAGAAGAGGAUACAAGACCUUGAGGCCAAGUGUACGCGACAGGCUCCAACUACAGUGGUGGAUUGGACAGAGGUCCAAAGAUUCGGAAUCAGGGAACGACCUACGGAGGACACCUUCAAGUGUCAGAAGGAGGAAGAGAGGGCAUACCAGCAAGAAGGUGAAGAGAUUCCUUUAAUAGACAAAGAGAUGUUGGAGCCGCAAGGGGUGCUAGCAGAGAAGGGCGCAGAGGUCGAAGAGUUCGAGUGGAGGUUGCCAGCUGGUCUAACACUCGGGCAGAGACCAGCAAUGCCAGAAGAGAGACCAUCAGUUGAGGCAAUGGGAGUGGAGGUUCAGGCAGACCAAUAUGACUUUAGCAGAAGUCAGAACAUAGCUGUGCGCUCGAUACGGUUGGGCUUUCGAGACUUUGCUCGUGAGCUGGUAGGCGCCGUUGGAGCCGAGGUGGGUCACCGCCUCGACAAGACUGAGCCGUUCUGCACUGGCGCCAUUGAAGGCGUCAAGGCGGCAGCUCCCAAGGAGAAGGAAGCACGUCCUCCUCGCCGAGAGCCUGUCAAAGUCAAGUUCCCCGAUUCCUACAGUGGGAAGAGGGAGGAAAACUUUGACAAUUGGGAGGCCAACGUUAAGACCUAUGUGCACUUGCAACAGGUCUCCCCAGAUCAGCAAGUCCAAAUUGCUAUCCACACGCUGAGAGAUGAGGCCGCCAGUUUUGCAAGGUCCCUAGUUCGUGCUGCCAACUGUAGUGAUGAUCCCGUUGCGUACUCCUCAUUUACGUCCCUCACCGAAUUCCUGAAGUUGCUGCGCGAGCGAUUUGCAGAUGUCGCUCGCAGUGUCAAGGCCUCAGAUAAGCUCCAAACCAUCCAUUCUCGUAAAUGGAAGAGUGUCAGGGCACUCAAGGGUACAAUGGAUGAGUUGGUGGCYGUCCCUGACCAUGGGGUCACAGAGGGCCAGUUGGUCAACCUCUUUUACCGGGCUAUGCCCGAAGCCUUUCGGGGGCAGUUCUUCGCGAAGAGCGAAGACCCUGCCACCACUUACGAUUCCCUUAGUCGUGAGAUGGUGGCUUUUGAAGCGAAGUCAGUGUCCCUGUCCACCUUUUGGCAUAAGGAUUUGGACAAGGGAAAGCAAUUGAAAGGCCGCACUAUCUCAGGGCAGGUAAAGACCAAGGAUAACCUUGUCCUGACUUUAGAUGAGGGUAGUGUGGAUGAGAUACCCUACGAUCAGAUUGAGUCGGGGCUAGAGGAGGCGGACAGCGGUGUGGGCCAGGGGAGAUCCUACGCUGCUGUCGCGGCUGGAGGGAGGCCGCAAGGAGGAAGAGGCCAGGGCCAAGGGGGCCAGGCCUCAGGGAGCCGGUUUCAGGGCGAUUAGGGGGUUGGCGGCAGAGGAGGAAACCGCCAAGCGGGAGGAAGGGGUCAAGGUCCCCCGCAAAACYGUCCU